AUGGGAGAGGAACAUGGAUUCAAGAACGGGAUUGAUAGCCAAACUGAUCAACCAGCUUACAGCCCAGUUGAGGAAGGAGCUUACGCUCGCCCUGAUGGCUCUCGCCCUGGUUCUCGAAAUAGGACUGAGGACUCUACUGAUGGAGAUGUGGACUCGGUUCCUGAUAGCCCUUCUCAGGCGCUUGCUGAUUUCCACGACGAAUGGUCCAUAAGCGAUCCUCUGUUGAUCAAGCAAGCAGUAAUAUUCCCGCCUAGUUUUUUCAACCCGCUCCGGGCAAGGAAUCACGAUACAGAAUGGGAUAAAAAGAUAGCACAACUCAGAUCAUUGUUGACCAAUGAUUCCAGUUUACUGACAUCGAAUAAUAGAAAUGAUUCUGCCUUGGAUCAUGUACAGCUUCCAUAUGCACACUUCAUCCCGAGCCCCCAGCAAUCCGACAUAUCUCAAUAUGCAGUGAACUCUCAAGUAGCACAGAGUCUACUUUUGUCCCCAAAAAUCAAGGAAAAUCGCUUUCAAUAUUCAAGAGGGCUUUUAAUUUCCUAUUUGUCGAGAGACAAACGCAGCUCUACUUGGAGUGACGCUAUUACCACCGUCUGCUGUGAAUCUCCCUCUCUGGGAACAUUACAACCGACGUCAAAGACACAUGACAAUCCCAUAAAUGUUAUACCAAACUUUCCACGUGCCUUUUUACCACCUCUCUUCAUAUACAGUGCGUUCGCCAUUUACAAGGAUGUCGUUUUUACUGACACAAGAUGCGUGCGAUCCAGGACUGGUCUUGUUAUUGCACAAGUUGUACAGAUAAUGCUAUCGGUCUUUUCCGCUGCUACAAUUACAUCGGUAUUUUUUCCUCAGUUUUGCUUCUCGGCCCUGUAUUCAUUUUCAGCUCUACCUGCUAUUAUCAUCAUGGGAAGCAUUGAAAAUACCUUGACUUUGAUCAACUCGGUGAGUGGAACGCGGCCGGAGAUUUCUCCGACAAGCAGGGUAGCAAUUGCUGCUCAACAGGCAUUCCCCAAAACUGUCAAAGCAAAGCUGAUAACGGCAUUCCUCCUGUCACUGGUAAUAAUGGCCAACUUGGACAAGGUAAUUAACUCUAUUUUCCUGUUUUCUACUCUCAGCGUACUGAUCGACCUAGCUUUACAUGUUACCUACUUCACAGCUGUGCUCUCGGUUGAUAUCCGCCGUCUUGAACUAGCUGAAGUCUUGUUAAAUCCUUUGGAUGAUGAAGAACCCAUUGUGAAACAUGAUUCUGGCACUAGCAGUAUCCCUUUCUUUCGUCAGUAUCAACAGCUGAAGGGAUUCCGUCUAAGAACAUUUCUUUAUCUGAACUAUCUUAAUCCUCGACAGAGAUAUCCAAUUGUCAUGGCUUCGAUAGUAGUUAUACAUAUGUGGCUAUCAUUGGCAGGACCUUUGAAGGAUACAGCCACCUUGCAAAUCUCCUCCCAUUUCUUAGACCGAACUAUUUUGUUCAUGAAUGACCUUUUGAAUGUGCACAAUUAUACGGUAAAUAUAGGAAGCGAUGUUGUACCCCUGGUUAUAUACAAUCCUAUUGUUCUCUCUUUUGAUGACAAUUCAAAUUGCUUCCAUUUUUCCCCAUUUUUGAGUACCACCUCAUCCAUAAUAGGGGGAUAUUCAUUAUUUAUUCUUUUCGAGUUUGUGCUAUCGCUUGCGAUUAUUUUGUUAGCAGCUGCUUUGAUUUUAAAACUUCUGCUACCUAAGCGAGACUGUGCGGAAGAAGACAGGGCCGGUCUGCAUUCGGAUUCAGAGAACAAAUUCUCAUCUAAGGAUUUGGCUGGGUACCAUACAUUAGAUGUAAUCCAGAUUGUGGUCAACAAAUCAUGGAUUGCGACUGUAUCUCUAGAUCACGGCAUAUGUGUAUGGAAUGUCUGUGAUGGUAAGCGGUCGGGGUCCAAACAAGAUUGUAAAUUUAGAACAUUACCUCCCAGGCUUUGGCCUGUAUCAAGGGUUUUAGUUGGACUCAAUUCCAUGUUGGUCAUAAUUUCAGCUCAUAAUCAUGUUAUUGAAGCGUGGGAUUUCAAAAACAACAAGAUUUUGUAUUCUAUUAAAGACGACGAGCUAUUUCCAGCGAACUCGCUGCUUUUACUCUCAUUUAUUGUUGCUGACCAGGUUGUAAUUAUAACCCGUUCAGGUGCAUUUGUCACCAUAUCUCGCACAGGCACAAAAGAAACUAUUUGCCCAGAUCUCACAUUCGGUAGAGAUGUAGAGCUUAUUGCUGCUACGCUACUUGUCACGCCCAAGAUCAAUGACAAGGUUGUGUGCCUCUUCUCAGAUAACAGCAUUGUAGUGGUGACUCAUGUUGCUGGAACUCAAUGGAGUUUCAGAUCUCUGGAUCUAUUGGAAUCUCUUACUGCUGUAUCAGAAAGAAGAAGAGGAUCUAAGGAUACUGUUUUUUAUCGACCCUACCCAGCUUAUCCACCAAUUGAAAUUGCCGAAGCUUCUUCACCAUCGUUCCUUGUAGCGAGUAAUAUGAACAGAGCGUCAAUUCCUUGUACUAGACCCAUGGAAAUGAAAGAAAAGGCUCAUUCAGUAGUAUCAGUUCCGGCCAUACAUAUGGUACUAGUGGUAUCUGAAUUAAAGGCCUCUCUAUUCGAUGUUCAUACAGGAGUCAUUGUUCGUCACUUCCAGCUGGGCCUUUAUAAGCCAGAUACGAUACGUGUAUUCCACGCUCAGCCCACUCACUGUCGCUUUUGCGGGUGUGCCUCUAUCGAGUCUAUUUCGGUAGCUUAUUACGACCAGGAAGAUAAGGGACUCGUCAUUUGUCACACGGUUCAAAUAGAGAAUCGUGCGAAGAAUAAUAUUUGUCUUCGUGUCGAACGUGACCCCAGAGAGACUAGAUGCUUAGGUUUUGAAGCAGCCACUGAGCAAGUACAUUGGAUAGAUAGAGUAGAAGGAUGGGAUACUACUGAUAUCAAUAUGAUGAUGGGAGUACGCAGAAAAGAAAAUCCGCAAAGCUCAGGAUCGCCCAGUCCAGAUUCUGGGCGGAGAAGUCCAGCAACUGGUACUGAACGAAGAGAUUUAUCGAUGUCUGCUACAACAUCAGUAUUACGUCGUAUCAGCAAUAAGCUGUCACAGGGGGCAUCAUCAACAUCGUCAGCAUCAUACUCCACACCCCAACCUCCAACACAUGGGCAAAAGAAGCCACCACUAAAUAUAACCUGGGAAGGCUGGGCGAUGACUGGGAAGGGAAAAGUUUCAUAUUACAACAUACCUGAUGUGCCUGGUAAGCCGGGGAGCUAUAAUAUCCAGAAUUUGUCCCGCGACGACUACAUACCUCAAGCUUCAAGCCGACUACUUAUACGAACAGUGGGGCCGGCUGUAAAAUACGGCAAAAAGUCGAUCGCAGUGGCAUUUGGAAAUGUCAUAAAGAUCAUGUACUUUGGAAACGAAGAGUUUCAUGAUGAAAUCAUAUAUGGUAACCGGCUUGUGGGGAUCCCUAGCUAUGAGAGCGCGCCUCCCAGCAAUACACCUAGCGCUUCUCGUCGAUGGAAGCGUGAAAUUGCCUAUUAA